UUAAUUUCUCGAAAAGUUUAAGGAUUUUAGUUGUUUAGUUUUUGUUUCGUCGUUGUAAAAAUUGAAACCAAUUGAAUUACGUGUCAAUUUAAAUGAUGAAGUCACUGAUCGUGUUCAUUCUAUGUUUUGGUGCUGUUUUGAUCAAUUGCGCUACAGUUCAAAAUGAGAGUUCGGCACCACCAACCAUUUCUAUUGUGAUCCCUUUCUCUUUUAAAAUUGGAGAAACUGUAAGACUACCAUGUAAUGCAUACCAUCAUACAAAAAACACUUCAAUCGCCGUUGUCUGGCAUAAGUUGGAUGGAUCUCUUCCGGAUCGAGCAAACCAAUCGGACGGUGUUCUUACAAUCAACGAUGUUCAGCUUGUUGAUAGCGGUGUUUAUGUUUGUCAAACACAAUCUGAACCACAUUAUGAGCAACGCGUGGCAAUAACUGUAGAAGCAUCUAGUGAAAUGAUCAGAAAUGAAGCUACCGGCUCAUUAGAUGACCGUAUUUUUUUGGGUGAUAAGGUUGAGGGCGAAUUCCCUUGGAUGGUUGCUUUAGCUUACGUUGAUGGUGACAGAAUAAGCUUUAAAUGUGGAGGCACCAUAAUAUCAGAGUUCUAUGUUUUGACAGCAGCACACUGCGCGACCGAGCAAGAUCAACCGAUUUUCGCACGAUUAGGAAAGCUGAAAUUGAGAGAUAAGGACACUAGUGGAGACACACACUAUAUAAUGAGUAUUACACGGCAUCCAAAUUAUUCGAGUUUAACAAAAAAGCACGACAUUGCUCUAAUUCGACUUAGAACAAAGAUUAUACUCAACAAUGUAAUUAAAGCUGCAACGUUGCACAAUGAUACAGCUGAUAUAGCUUCUGACAUAAACCUAACGGUGGCCGGCUGGGGCAUCACUGAUUUUAGGAAUAUUUCGUCUCAAUCAAACGAUUUACUCAAAAUUGAGAUUUUUACAACGCCGUUAAAUGAGUGCAACACUACCUAUUUGAAUCAUAAUUCAACAAAAGGAUCACGGGAAUUUCAAUAUGGCCUUAGUCCCGGGCAAUAUUGUGCAAUGUCUCCAAAUGGAACAAAGGAUGGUUAUAAGGAUAGUUGUGAUGGUGACAGCGGAGGGCCUCUUCUACUCAUCUCCAAUAAUGUUACAAAGGAGGCCACACUUGUUGGAAUUGUUAGUUUUGGUUAUGGCUGUGGUUUGCCAUUGCCAAGUAUUUAUACUCGUGUUGCCCAUUAUAUCGAUUGGAUUACGCCAAUUGUUUGGCCCAACGGUACAAGUGGUGCAUGUGAAAAAAAGUGGCAAUGCGAUAACGGAAAAUACAUUGAUGCAGAAUUCCUUUGUGCCUCAGCACCUGCUUGUGGUAAAGAUGAAUGGCAAUGCGAUAACGGAAAAUGUAUUAAUGCAGAAUUCAAAUGUGAUGGACUCUUGGAUUGUAUCGAUUAUUCAGACGAAACCAAAAAGAAUUGUCCUUUGGAAAAUAUAAAAAAGUGUAAAGAAAGUGAAAUAGAAUGUGAUAAUAAAUGCUAUCCUUCGUCGAUUCUCUGUAAUGGAGCCCCCGAAUGCCAGAACGGAUUUGAUGAAACCAAUUGUCCCACUGAUAUCGAUAACAUCAUAAAUACAGAAUGAAACUCAUCGAUAUGUCGAGAUUAAAGGUGCAGAUAAUGCUUUUGGUGAUAAGAAUAAAAACUUAAAUAUGUAGUAAACGAUUUUCUUUAAUUUUUCGUUUCAAUAUUUUGUGAUUUCUAUCGCCGCCGGUAUGGGCGAAGAGUCAUUGAAAUUUCCCCAAGAAAAUAUAGAAAUUUCCAGUUUCAAGACUGUAUUUCAAAGAUUCUUUGAAAAAGCACCAAAACACAAAAAUACAAAUACAUUAUAACAAAAGCAACCAGUAAUCAUCCAAGUAACCAAUAUGACUCUGACUCUGUAAUGCUAUAUUUUAAUUUAGCUUCAUAAAAGAAAUGUUUUUUAAUAUUAAAUUCAAGUUAUUAUAAAUCAGAUCCAUUUUUACACGUAAUACUUU